UUUUUUUUAUUUUAUCAAUGUGUUCUGUUUUAGUAAAGAGCUGCGGGGAGGUUGAUUGGCGUCAACAUCUCGGAGGAUCUAUGGGCGGUUUUAGGUUUCAUCAGUACCAAGUGGUUGGCCGUGCCCUUCCGACGCCAAGCGAUGAACAUCCAAAGAUUUAUCGCAUGAAGCUAUGGGCUACUAAUGAAGUUAGGGCUAAAUCCAAGUUCUGGUAUUUCUUGAGAAAAUUGAAGAAAGUGAAGAAAAGCAACGGCCAAGUUCUGGCUAUUAACGAGGUUCGUUUAAUUGUCACAUUGAAAUACCCAACAGCUAAUGUUAGAGACAAGGUGACGGGCGCUAUUUUCAUUGUUGCAGAAUCUAGAUUGUCUGAGCUUCCUAGUAAGAAAACUAAAACAGAUAGAUUGGUUAAUUCAAUGCAAAAACUCUCAGUUGCCAACACUGAGAGCAAGGGGUUCAUGGCUGAUAAAACUCAACACAAAAAAGAUUCUGGUUCCUAUGAGUUGUUGGAGAAAUUAUCAGGAUCUUCGCUUGUGGGUAUCAAAUAUAAGCCAGUUUUUGACUAUUUCCUGGAGUUCUCAGAGGUGGCAUUUAGUGUAGUUGCUGACAAUUAUGUAACUGAUGAUAGUGGAACUGGGGUUGUUCAUUGUGCUCCUGCAUUUGGUGAAGAUGAUUAUAGGGUCUGCAUAGCUGCUGGUGUUAUCCAAAAG